UCGUCUGGCAACGCUCGCCGCAAAAUGGCAAAAAAAUAAUACAUAUGACGAUUUAAAACUAAUGACAAUUACGUAUUACGUGAAAAGAACGCACCGCGAAUAAUUAAAAGCCAAUUGACAAGCUGCCUAGUUCAAUAGGGCCCCAGUCGGAAGAGAGCGUGUGUGUGUGAGUGCAAAUCUGCGGAAAAUACAGCCGUGCGAAAAGUGAUUCGAACGGGUUUCGUAUCCGAGCAUUUUGGGGCCUCCACCGAUCCGAUACCAUUUCCCAUCUACACACUUGCAAAAAACGACAGCGCCGUUGCCGCGCGCGAGAGCGAGAGGCAGGGAGCGACAAAGACGACGACAGGGAGCGGAGAGGAGAGAAGAGAGUUGGUCAGCUAGCAAGCAAGCGAGCGAGCGAGAGCGAGUGCGCUGACAAAGCCAGCCAGCCAGCGCAACACAGCAAACGGAACGGGCGAAAAUCGUAACGAAAUCCAACCAAAUAUACAAGUCCAAGUAGAAUUGCAAUCACAGGUUCCGGCGGCGGCUGUUUGGCAGACAAAGGCCAGCGAAACGUGUACCCGCAGCUAACUGCAAACAGGAAACAUUUCAGUGAGUUCGGUCGAGCUUUUGUUGUUUUCGUUCGGUUUUCGCAAGCGACAGAACGGGCGCUGAGUAAGCGCCAGAAAGAGUGCAAAAAAAAAAGGAAGCAAGGAGCAACGAACUGUGUUUGCGGUGUGUGCUCUGUGUGUGAAAGGCUCACCAGGAAGACUGAAGAAAUAAGAUUCCCAGCCGAAGAGCUGCGAUCCCAACAAAAGAAGGCGAGAGCGAUAGAGCGCCUACACAGUAGCAGCAAUAGCAGCAAAAGCCCCAUCGGCAUACAUAGCGACAUCCAAAGCCCAUCCUCCAGCGCGUCGAGAAGAGAGCGGAGCGCGGCGGCGGCGACAAGGAAGCUAACGCUAAUGAGGAUCUAUUGGCAGCAUGAGUACACUGGGGGAAGUAGGGGAGAGCGAAAUGCCAAGCCCAAAUUCACAGCGUUGGAUAUAAAUCGCAUGUACAAGAAUAGCCGUGGUGAGUCGAGUGAACCAUCUGCACAAAAGAAUCAAGUGCCACGUAAACAUGGAAUGCAAAUCUUGGGCAAAGUGCCGUCCGCUAGGCGACCACCAGCCAAUCUGCCAUCCCUGAAGGCCGAGACCAACACCAGUACCAACAACAAUCUCCUAGUCUCAGUCGAAGGAGCUACAUCGGGAGCAGCAGGCGCAGGCGGAGCAUCAGGAGCGGGCGCGGCUGGAUCUAAUACUAGCCACAACAACAGCACUGCCCACAGCGGAGGUUCAGGAGCGGGAGGAUCAGGGGGCGGAUCGGGAGCCGGCGGCGGAGGAGCUGCGUCUGCAACUGGUGGGCACCAUCAGCAACACCAGCAGCAGCACCAUCACCAUAGCCAGCAGCACCAUCACAACAACAACGUCGGCCUUGGCCCCAACUCCGGCAAGUUUGUGAACAGCAGCAACAGCAGUAGCAUCAACAACAACGCUAGCUCCGGCGGCGGCAAUAAAAACUUUAAACUAAUCAACAACUCCGGCGGCGGGGGAGGAGGAUCUUCAGGCGGCGGGUCGACAGUAGGAGGCGGAGGAGGAUCUGGGUCCGGCGGACACUCGGUCAACUCGCCCAAGACAUGGUCUGCCAUAACCACAGGACACGAGCGGGGCUCGGGGGGCCAGCACUUUGGUCGUCAGUCGCAGCAACAGCAAGUAGUGCCCCACUAUCAGAGUCCCCAAUUUCAGUACGAGUUCCCCACGCUGGACGGCACAGUUGGCAGCGGCGCCGGCGGCGGCGGAUCGGGUGCGGGUGUAGGAUCGGGAACUGGAGCGGGCAAGAGCCACUACCAGAACCAGUCGCACCACGCCAGCCAGCAAAACCACCACCACCACCACCAACAACACCAGCAUCCGCAGCACCACCAGGGGCAGCACCACCACCAACAGCAGCACCAGCACCAUCGGGACUACCACCAUGGCCACGGUCGCCAGUAUGGACACCACUCACAUCGGGAUUACAGAGAUGGCAGCGACGACGUCGGCGGCGGAGUCGGCGGGGAGAUGGGCGAACUGAGUCUUCGUCCACAGAACGACACGGCUGCAUGGCUGCAGCAACAAGAGAAGGCGGCCAAGGAAGCAGCGGCAGCGGCGGCGGACCAGGGGCUGAACCUACAGGGCCCGGGCCACCACCAGAUGGCGGGUAACGGAGGUGGCGCUGGCGGAGGCGGUGGAUCAAGCGGCGGAGCUGUGCCCCUUCCCAUCCUCUCUCUAAUGCCCUCGUUUAUGCGGAGCGGUGCUCCCUUGCCCGGUUCGGGCACGACAGCAGCCUCUAUAUUGGCCGGCGGCUCCUUGGACUCGACGGCGUUGCCGAGUGCUCCCUAUCAAAACGGGAUUCUAGGUGCACGAUCCGCCUCGCCGGCGGUAGUGGGCAGCGGUGGUUUUCGGGCAGCCGCUGCCAUUCCCAAGCGUCCACCGGCCGCUUCUUCGCCUCCACAAUCUGGACUUGGCAUUGGAGGCUCUCCCACUCCUCCGCAACAGCAGCAGCAGGCUAACGGCGGCGGUGGCGGUGGAGCUGGACGAAAGGACAAGGACUACGUGGUGGAACCUGAGGUGGCCCAAAUGCAGCGCCCCAUCAUCCGCGAGGAGGACCUUGAGCGCCUCAACGCCAUCGCUAAGGAUGACAGCUGGACCAAGCAGGACGACAUUGACUAUACGAAGAAACUAACAUUCUCGGACGACGAGUCCACUCCGGAGGAGCACCAGGCCCAGGGCAGCAAGCAGCACGCCUCCAGUGCCCAAUUGCAGUUGCAAGGUUCCUCCUCAGUAUUGGCUAGUAAUGAUCAACGCAAACUUCCUAGCUCCACCGCUGGCUCUAACUGGCAGCGUGGCAAGGAGAGCAGUGAGCGCGAACAGCCGCCAGAAGGUGGACAGGAUCAACAGCAGCAGCAACAACAGCAAGAUAUUCGGCAGCAGAACGGCCAUCGUGGCAGCUCCGGCAACGUAGGAGCGCCAGUGGCCGGUGGAAUUGCAUUGGAUGCCAGUGUAUACGAACGAGUGAAGCAACGCAAGGAGGAGGAAGACCGUCGUGAGAUGGAGCGCAAGCAGGCAGCAGCCAAAAAGCUGCAGGAGCUUGAGAUGAAGAUGAACAGCAAGAAGGCUGCGGCGGCAGCUCUUGCGGGAGCCGAAGGAGGAGUAUCCUCUUCGGCAUCAGCCUCGUCAUCCAUCGAGGCGCCACCACCGUCCGCGCCACUGGGAAAUGUCAGCGAAGACGAAGGCGGAGGCCCGCAUAGACGACCACGCGGCAGCAUCUCCAGCCUAAGCAGCGGUGUUACUCCCACAGGCACCGCUGGCGUCGGCGGAGUGUCGGCCUCCUCGUCGGCAGGCGGCGACUACGGUCAAAAGACCGUAUUCCUCACCCAUUUCCAAUCGAAUUUACCACCCCGUUUCCAGCGGCAGCAGCAGCAACAACAGCAACAGCAGCAGCAGCAGCUGCCGCGCCUAGAGAAGAGCGCCUCGGCCAGCAGCGCCUUUGAUAGCAAUUCUCGAUACCUACAGAAGGGCGGCGUAAGUGGUGGCGGAGGAGCGCCUGGAGGAGCAUCGGCCAACAGCGGCCAGGGACGCACCAUCUCUGGUGGCUAUGCGCAACGUGGCGGCAGCGUUGGUGGAAGCGGCAGCAGUUACGGACGCAAUCGGCACGACAGUGCCAGUGCUCGAGAGGAACAGGAGUUGGAGCAACAGCAACGAUUUACCCGCGGACAGGAAUACCGUCAGGCGCAGGCACUGCCACGAAGCAUCUCCGAAAACUCGCACCGCAAGACAAGCGUCUCGUCGGCCGGUGACGAAUUUGUUGGCGCGAUGGGUCCCGGAUCGGGCUCUUGUUCAUCGUGGGCGGAACAGACAGAUGCCGAGCAGAAGGUUCACCAUCGACACCGCGAGGAGAGCUUCUCCUCGACCCACAGCCACGACUCGGCGGUUCAAAUCAAGAUCCUGCAGCGGCCGGCCAGACAACCGAGCCUCAGCGAGGAGUCCUCAGCGCAGCAAAAGCAACUGCCAGCUUCGCCACAGCAACAAAAAUCACUGCCGGCGGAGCCCAUGCCCACGCAGAUUCUGCGGCGAAGCGUUGAGAUCGAGAAGCCCGCCGAUGAUAAGCAGGACGAAAAGUCAUCGCUAGAAACGGACGACAAAGUAAAGGCGGCCUCAAGCGGCGUCAAGGUGGAGGAGGAGAAAUCCGGAAAUAAGCGCCCCAGUCCCAGAAGCGCAGCUGCAGGCACAGGAGGAGGUCGUGGCGGACGCAGCUAUGGCGGCAGCGGCAGUGGCGGAUCAGCCGCUGGAUCCGUCGGAUCGGGCAGUAGCUAUCGUGGCCAGAGAAGCUCCAGUGACUGGAGCAGCAGUCGUGGUAGCGGUGGUAGACGCUACUACGGCAGCGGCGGGGAGCAAUCUGAGCACUCUGAGGACGUGGACGAAGAGUGCUACAGCAGCGGAGGUGGUGGAGCAGGAGCGGGAGGAGCAGCACGUCGCAGCCCCAAGGAAUCUGGAAGCAGUGCUCCUGGUGCUGGGCAGGCGGCGGCAAACAAGGCUGGCUUCUCGCCCCGCGGUGAACCUUCACGACGCGGACGCGGUGGUCUGUCGAGCGGUGCAGGAUCCGCCCCCGGUUACCGCCGACAACCCGUUGGCACUGGUCCCACCGGAGGUUCGGGAGGAGCAGGAGGAGCGACACGAAGCUACGGCAGGCUCGGCUACGAGGAAUAUGGCAAGCAACGCACCUCAGAGUCAGAGGGGGACCUGGACAAGACCAAGCAGAAUCAGCUGGCACUGAGCGCCGGCCUGCACAAACCCAACAAGGACGACAAGGAUGGGUCUGCCCUCAGCGGCGAGGAGAAGGACAAGACUGCCACCAUGGCCACCGGCCACAACACUGCCCUGCUGGUCAAGGACGAGGCGCAGAAGGACUCGCCGGCCCGCCUACCGCCCGGUCUUUCGUCAGCGGUCACAGCUGGAUCCGCAUCUGCCACAUCAAAUUCAGUCGGAGCCCUUUCCGGUUCGGCGGACAAGAAGAAGAACGACUCCUGCUCUGUGGUUGGCGGCGAGAAGGCGGCUAGCGGUAAGUUGCCUGCCAUUGGUGAGAAGACACCUCUUGGUGCCGUGGGAUCGGGUCCGUCGUCCAAUCUUUUGCUUGAAGCUGGCGCCCCCGUCAACACGAUAAUCUUUGAGAACUCCACGUACAAGCAGCAGCAGGCGGCGGCCGCUGCCGUGGUGGCCAAGCCUACCGGACCGCUCACUGUAUCAAGCGCCGGUGGCAGUAGCAGCGGAGCCGGAGGAGUAGUAUCAGGUAGCGCGACUAACACUGUGGAAAGCCUGUCCAGCGCCCUCUCCCAGAUGACCUUCGGUGGUAAGCCGACUGGUGCCGGCGAAGACUCUCAGGACAUGAAACUGGGCUUCAGCUUUGGCGACGAUCCAACCGCGCCACUCAAGGUGGACGCAAUGGAAAAGACGCCCAGCCAGCAACAGCAACAGCAGCAACACUCUCAGCAGCAACAGCAGCAAAACAACUCGACGGCGGAUCUCAACAUGAAGAUAGCCAGCGUGAAGAAGGUGUGGGAAUCGGCCACGCCAAUGUCGGAGGGCCCCUCACCGGCACAGGUGCAACAGCAGCAGCAGCAGCCCCAACAGCAACAGCAGUCACAGGUGCAAGUGGGCUCCCAGCAGCAACAGCAACAACAGCAGGUCGUGGGCCAGCAGCAGGCUGGCGACGACGGCGGUGGCCACAUGAGCGCAGCUUCCUUCGUGGCCGCUGCAGUGGCCGCCUCGCAGCACCAGCAGCAGCAACAGCAGCAGCACCAGCAGAUGCCCCACUACGCGGUUUCGGCGGUGCACAUGCAGAGCCACCAUCACCAGCAGCAGGCGGCGGCAGCGGUGGCAGCGGCGCAGGCGCAGCACCACCAGCAGCAGCAGGCGCACCAUCAGCACCAUGCGCUUUCUUCGCCAGGCCCGGUGCCCGGCGGACAUAGCCAUGGCUACGGCCAUGGUUCGCCCUUCGAUGCGGGCUCCCUGGAGCAGCAGUUCCAGCAGGAGGAUUAUCCCAGUCCUCAACAGCAGCAGGCACACCAGAAAGCCAAGCAGCUGCAACAGCAGCAGCAACAGCAUCUGGGCAUGUCGCCACCGCCUAGCCAACAACAGCAGCACUCGCAGCAGCAGGCACACCAACAGCAGCUGCAGGCCCAUCAACAGCAGCAACCGCCGUCGUUCUACCAGGCGUCACCACAGUUCGGCGUCGGAGGCAUUCCCACGAUCCCCAGCCCGCCGGCUGCGGUGUUCAACUCGUCACAGAUGGCGCCGCCGCCACCGGCGCAGGGCGUCAACCUGUACGCUCCAUUCCAUUCGCUCGAUCAUUCGAGCCGCUCGCCCGCUUACUCGGCGGCGGCGGCCGCCCACAGCUUCCCGGGCCACUAUGCGGCCGCAGCGGCUGCGGCGGCAGCAGCCGCAGGCGGCGGACCCUUCAACGUCAACGUGAAUGCAUACGCAAUGCAGACGCCGCACGGUGGUAACCUGCCGCCCACAGCGCCCGCCCCGGACAUGUACUCAAACCUCUCGUCACAGUUCCGUCUGGGCGGUGGACCCGGGCCGGGACCCGGUCCCUUCGGACAGCCCAGUUCACAGCAGCUGAGCAACCCAAGCAACCAUGCGGCAGUAGCUAUCAUCUCGUCCAGCAGCAGCUCCAUGAUGUCAUCGGGCGCGGCCAAGCCGCCGCCCAGCCAGCAGCCCAUUGGGGCCAUAGGCUCAAAGUCGGCGGGCAGUGGUGGUGGUCCGGGACCAGGACCUGGCCCUGGACCCGGUCCGGGAUCCGGUCCCUACACCGCUCAGCAGUACAUGAAUCUUUACGCGGGACCACCACCGCAGCAUCCUGGUCAGGGCGGUCCGCCACCCGGCGCCCACCAGUUACAGUCGAACAGCUAUUACUCGAAUUCGGCGCCCGGUGGACCCAGCGGACCCCAGUUCUACGGCGGACCUCCACCUCAAGGCAAUGGAGGAGCUCAAAGCUACGGUCUAGCAACAGCGGCCGGCAUGUACGGGGGCCAUCAAGGUGGACCACCAGGCUCCAACGGACCGCCUGGACCGCCACAGUCGCAGCACACGAUGGGCACCUUCAACACUCAGUUUAUGAACUCGCAACUACUGACGGCGGCCAACAUCAACCAGUACCGUGGCGGACCAACGCCAGGAGCGGCAUAUCUCAAGGGCAGCCAGGGCCAAGGACACAUGCAAGACUCGAUGGGCCGUCAGCUAAAGAGCCCCCUGAGCGCCGACAUGAGCCUCGGACUGGCUAAGCAGGUGCAGUCGCAGCCCAGUCCACCGCACCAUAAGAACUACGGGGCCUGGGAUCUGCAAAACCAAGUGCUACAACAGCAGCAGCAGCAAUCUCAGCAGCAGCAGCAACAGCAGCGGCAAGGCGGUGGAGGCGGCGGCGGCAACGGCAAUAUGAGUGCCCUUGGCGGCCGUGGAAGCGGUGCCGUGGGCAGCGGUAGCGGUAAUGGAGGUGGCGGAGGUUCCCAGGUGGGCGGCAAUGGUGGCGGUGGCAACGGUGUCGGCAGCGUGGGCCAGAGUGGCGGCGGCCAGGGGCGAUAUCCCACGCCCAUUCAGAGGCCCAACAACUACCCGCAACAUCCGCAGCAGCAGCAACAGCAGCAGCAGCAUCAACAGCGGGAUCAGGCAGCGGCAGCUGUAGCAGCAGCGGCGGCGGCACAGCAGCGUGUGCAAAACAUGCGCCAGGUGACUGGCGGCGGUGGCGCCGGUGGAGGAGGUGGCGUUGCCGGCAGUGCCGGUGGCGGUAGCCAAACACCGGUCGGACCGCCUGGCGGUAACAAUGGCGGCAACGGUGGACCAGGUGGUGCCGGAGGCGGUGGAGCUGGCGGUUCGGCGGGCUCAGGCCCCGGCAAGCCCUACUAUGCGAACAACGCCACCGGAGCCGGCGGCGGAGCCAAUCGAGGAGAGUGGCACGCAAAUUGAGUGCUUAUUGGACACGCUCACCUCCCGAGCCACCCAAGCCAGCCACCAGUACCACAGCCACCCACUAGCAGCCUCCAUACGGACACGGACACACACAGGCGAAUAUGGAGGGACAUGGAGGAGUAGCAGACGAACGGAUGAGCUGGAAGGGGAUCGAAGCCAGGAGGAGAACUAGCGAAAGCGCAAGCAAUAGAAUCGGAUCGAAAAUGAUUAUAAAAAGGAUAAGAAAGAUGAGAACGGAGAGUCCUAUCGAAGAGAACCAGAAUCGAGAGAGGAGAACGAGGGGAUGCGAGUGAGUGAGUGAUUAAGGGGAAUCCCCAUCACACCACAAACGGCAAGAGAGCAAGAACAACAAGAGCAACAUUAAGAGCGACACCCAGAGCAAGUCUCCCGAAAAACAUAAACAAGUAGUAGCGAACAUAACCGCCAAGGCAAAUGUCGAAAGUGAGAAGAAGAAACUAGUUAAAACAAGGCAAGCGAGUAAGGAAAUAAUAAUUGCAACAAGAAAUAUUUAAAACAAAACACAAAAAAAGCAAACACAACACCACACACACACCACACACAACCACGUGCAUAAAAUCUUCAUACAUAUAAUACAUACAUACUUACAUAAAAUAGCAGAGUGUAUUUUUUGUCAAACAA